AAUUAUUAUUGUUACCGUUAAGUAUCAUUGCAUCAUGUCUUGCCAAUCGAUUACCGAUAAUACCCUUCAUCUUAAGUCAAAUCAGCGUUAUACCGAAGGUCUAAGUCACUUUAAAAAUAAAAACAUUAUUACAUUCUAUGAAGUGGAAGAGAUAUUAAAAAAUGCUGUAUCAUCAAGCGUUGAACUAAUUGAUUAUAAUUUUCACAUUUAUUCUGAGGAAAAGCUCGGGUUCUUGGGUAAAUAUCUGUGCCUUGUAUUGGAAUACAAAAAACCAUGUAAUGGUGAGUAUAUUAAGCAGAGGUUUUUUGUAAAAACAAUACCUUACGAUAUACCAAGUCAGAUUGCAUAUAUCGAAGAUAAAGGUGCUUUUCGAAAAGAAAUAGAAUUUUUUAAAUAUCUUAUGCCAUUUUUAAUGGAGAAUUUCAAAGGAGAUGAUUGGGCACCACAAUGCUAUUUAACCAAUAAAAAUACAAUUGUUUUAGAGGAUAUGAAGCUUCAAGGAUUUUCAAAUAGAUCUAAAAUUUUUAAUGAAAUAACUUUAAAAUCCGCAAUAGCUUGUAUAGCCCGAAUGCAUUCUUGUUCAUUAAUUGCAGAAGAAAAACUAAAUGGUAGAUCAUUAAAUAAAGUAUAUCCAAAUGCUUGUCAAGAAUCAGAAUAUAAACCUUCUAAUCGGAACUAUAAAUGGUUUGUUACUGCCAUCCAUUUAGCAAUUUCGAUAGCCGAAGAUCUUGGAUUAGAUGCUAGCGCUAUUCUCGAAAGUAGCCAUCGUGUAUUUGAAAUAGGCAAACCUUCUGAAAACAAGUGUAAUGUAAUUAGUCAUGGUGAUCUUUGGAGUAAUAAUAUAUUAUUUAAUAGUACAAACUGCUGUAAGCUCGUUGACUUUCAAUUGAUUAGAUAUGCUCCACUUGCACACGAUGUUAUGCAAUUGCUUUACCUAACUACUACGAGAGAAUUUAGAGAGAAAUUUGAGAUGAAAAUGGUAAAAUACUACUAUAAAGAACUUAUAGAGAGUCUAUCAAUCAAUAAUUUUCAAGGAAUUGUGCCCACUUUUACGGAAGUACUGCAGGGCGUAGAGGAACAAAGAUUCCCUGCCCUUGUUUCAACCACAAUCAAUUUUCCAACAAUUAUGAUUAACAAUAAGAUUGGAGCUGAAAUUAUGGAUAGUGAAAAUGCAUAUGAAGCUUAUUUCUUUCAAGAUAGACGUCCAUUUGUUAAUAAGAUUAUGAGCUUAGAUUCUGAAUAUGAAUGGAGAGUGAAAGAAAUUGUUAGGGAACUUGCAGAGUGGUCUUUAAAAAUUGACAGAUUACCACAUGCAACGUAGUUAUUAAAAAAACAUCUUAA